AUGCGUCUCUCAUCAUGUCUCGUCGUAACGGGCCUGUCAAUGGGCGUGAACGCCUUUUAUCCAUUUGAGAUCAAGAUUGACUCAACAUCAAGUAUCUCGACCUUGGAGAAAGUGCAACGUCGUUUCAUGCCCUGGACCCUGCUGCCGGACGAUUCCGAGGAAGAAAAUGCAAACGCCAAGCCAUUAACCCUUGGCAUCAAAAAGCUCCCCGUUCGACGUGACAAUAGCUACACCAUUGUCGAAGCCAACACGCCGACUCUACCCACCAGUGCCCCACUGGAUCAGGAUGGUAAUGACUACUCCUAUUUCGCAAUGGUGGAAGUUGGGUCGCAGAAGGAACAAAUGUGGUUGGUCCUAGACACUGGAUCUCCUAGCAGCUGGGUAUUCAGUUCCGACUGCACAUCAUCAGUCUGUACAAGCCACAAUGUUUUCGACACAGACAACUCAACGAGCUACUACUCGAACAGCUCGACAAUCACAGUCGGGUAUGGAAGUGGUACUAUUAAGGGAGACCUGGGCCAAGAUACCUUGUCCAUUGCCGACAUGGAUGUCACCCUUACAUUUGGACAAGCCACUUCGGCGUCAUCGGCUUUCGCAAGCUAUCCUAUAGACGGAAUUCUUGGUCUGGGCCGAUCAGGCACUGCGGGUUGGACGAUCCCCUCUUUCAUGGAUGCUGUCGCCCAGGAUGGCUAUCUCACGUCCAAUAUUGUUGGAUUCCACCUUUCGCGCGCUGCAGACGAUGCGAAAACCGGCGAGGUGAACUUCGGUCAGCUCGAUACUACCAAAUUCAUCGGCAAUAUUAGCUACACUGCCACCGAUUCGGAUAUCUGGUCCAUUUCCCUGGAUGAUGCCUAUGUGAACGGUGUGGCUUGCAGCUUUUCGGGCAAGUCCGCCACCAUCGACACUGGAACCACGUACAUCCUCAUUCCACCCGAUGAUGCGGCAACCCUCUUCGCUAUGAUUCCUUCAUCCAAGAAAUCUGGUGACAGCUACAUUAUCCCAUGCGACUCGACCGCGACCAUUGAGCUCGAAUUUUCCGGUAUCAAAUACUCCAUCUCACCUAAGGAUUAUAUUGGGGCCUCUAGUACAAACGGCUGCGUGUCAACUAUUGUGGGUUACCAAUCCUCUGGAUCCGACCAGUGGCUCGUUGGCGACGUCUUCCUUAAGAAUGUCUAUUCGGUCUUCGACUUCGACAAUGGCCAGGUCGGCUUUGGAACAUUGAAUAACUCAACUGUCUCUGGGAAUGGAACUUCCACAGCUUCGACCGUCACUACAACUGCAGGCUCUGCUGCUACCGCAACUGGAACCGCUAGUACCGCGGCAGCGGCAUCAACAACGACAUCUGUGGCAGCUAUGAACUCGGGAUCCCGCUUUUCGUCCACAAUUGUCCCUUCGGUAUUGGUCAUCAUUGCCGCCAUCCUUCUUUAA